AAUAUUCAUGGGGAAGAUUGGGAGGCGCGUUGCAGCUCUUGCGCUCUGCAGGGCUGGCCCGCCCGGGGUGCUCGGCCCUUUCUGCGUGGGGAGCCGCGCCGCGCCCUGCGUCCCGGGGUUCCCGAGGUCCCGGCGGCCCGCGCCUCGGCCGAGCCGCCUGGGUCCCCGCCCAGCUCCCCCCGACACCCCCGCCCCCGUGCGGGCGGUGCUGAAACCCGAGCGCGAGGGGGCGGGCGGCGCGGCGGCGGGGGUGGCAGGGCCGCGCGGACAUUGGAGGGGACCCGGUGAUGGAUGGGAGAGGCUAGUGGUAACAGGCCGAGCUGGAUGGAUGGGUAUGGGGAGAGGGGCAGGACGAUCAGCCCUGGGAUUCUGGCCGACCCUUGCCUUCCUCCUCUGCAGCUUCCCCGCAGCCACGUCCCCCUGCAAGAUCCUCAAGUGCAACUCUGAGUUCUGGAGCGCCACGGCGGGCGGCCACGCCCCGGCCUCGGACGACGCCCCCGAGUUCUGCGCAGCGCUGCGCACCUACGCCCUGUGCACGCGACGCACGGCCCGCACCUGCCGGGGCGACCUGGCCUACCACUCGGCGGUCCAUGGCAUAGAGGACCUCAUGAGCCAGCACAACUGCUCCAAGGAUGGCCCCACGUCCCAGCCACGCCUGCGCACGCUCCCGCCGCCCGGGGACAGCCAGGAGCGCUCCGACAGUCCCGAGAUCUGCCAUUACGAGAAGAGCUUCCACAAGCACUCGGCUGCCCCCAACUACACGCACUGCGGCCUCUUUGGGGACCCACACCUCAGGACUUUCACAGACCGCUUCCAGACCUGUAAGGUGCAGGGCGCCUGGCCCCUCAUCGAUAAUAAUUAUCUGAACGUGCAAGUCACCAACACACCGGUGCUGCCCGGCUCGGCCGCCACCGCCACCAGCAAGCUCACCAUCAUCUUCAAAAACUUCCAGGAGUGCGUGGACCAGAAGGUGUACCAGGCUGAGAUGGACGAACUCCCGGCCGCCUUUGCGGACGGCUCUAAGAACGGCGGGGACAAGCACGGGGCCAACAGCCUGAGGAUCACGGAGAAGGUGUCCGGCCAGCACAUAGAGAUCCAGGCCAAGUACAUCGGCACCACCAUCGUGGUUCGCCAGGUCGGCCGCUACCUGACUUUCGCGGUCCGCAUGCCGGAGGAGGUGGUCAAUGCAGUGGAGGACCGGGACAGCCAGGGCCUCUACCUCUGCCUGCGGGGCUGUCCCCUCAACCAGCAGAUAGACUUCCAGGCCUUCGGCAGCCACCAGGGCCCCGGUGCCCGCAGGCCCCAGGCCGCCAGCCCCGCGCCCGCAGCCCCCGACACCUUCCCGUACGAGACGGCCGUGGCCAAGUGCAAGGAGAGGCUGCCUGUGGAGGACCUGUACUACCAGGCCUGCGUCUUCGACCUGCUCACCACAGGGGACGUGAACUUCACGCUGGCGGCCUACUAUGCCUUGGAGGACGUCAAGAUGCUACACUCCAACAAGGACAAGCUGCACCUGUACGAGAGGACGCGGGAGCCACCGGGCCGGGCAGCCACUGAGGGGCUAUCCCCGGCCCCCAGGCUCCUCCCGGGCAGUCUCCUGUUCCUCGGCCUGCUCCCUGGGUUCCUGGAGGUCCUUGCUGCAUAGCAUGGAGAGGGAGGCGCGCUGCCUGUCCCCAAGCUGGCCGGUGGCCGCACAAGGGACUAGUGGCUUCCCGGUGGCCCCACGGUCUCUGCGGGGGUCAGAAGCGGAGGCAGCUGCUGGCCGGUGAGCUACGGGACGGUUACCUCAGAGCUGCCUUGGGCUACCUGCUGGCAAGAGCUGAGGGCGCGGGGUGGCCCCUCACCCUCUCUAGGGCCUAGGACAAGGUUGUGGUGCUGUGAUGUCUGUGACAGUAAAGCUAUGUGAGGGGGAGAGCUGCUCCCAUCCGCUCGCCCCACCGUGUGAAUGUGCAAAACCGAGCCCCUCAGGCUGGACCCCCCCCACCCUGCGAGAGACACUGGGAAAGGUCAGAGUCCGCUCCUCCUACCCCCUUGCAAUGCACUGAACAGGCCCGGCCGACUGCUGCACGCGCCUGCCGCACGCACACACUCGUACACGAGCACACUCGCACACACUCAGCCGGCGGGGCCGAGGCUGGACCCCCAGGCAGGGCCUCCUGUCCCCUCGGGGCCUUAGGACACCCCUAGGGCACUGCUUGGAAUCUUUAGCAAGUUGAUAUACUAACCCUUUGGCGGAAAGGUUGUACCCUCUUGGGGCCUGCCUGCCGUGGGCGCGGGCUCAGCCCUGGCUACCCGGCCCCUGCCUCGAGAGCCCCCGGCGGGGGGACAAUGCGUGUGGGCAUGUGCUCGGAGCGAUGCCACUCGUGGGCUCAGAUGCCCUUCUCUGGCCCCUUCCCCCCACCACCCCCCAUUCCCCACUGUGCUUAGGGAGUCGAGCUUCUAAAUGUCUAAACAGAGAAAUACCCCUUGAUUUCUGUUCUUUCCUCUCCAGUAGAUGGCAAGAGCCCCUGGGCUGGGGAGGGGUGCUUGGACCACAGCGCCUGGGCAGGAGGCCAGUGGAUAGGGCCAGCUGGCCUGCCCUGAUCCUCUGCUCUCUCCCCACCUGCCCCCCAGAGCCUCGCUCGCCGCCCUGUCCACCAAGGUCUGCAUUCUGGGGAGAGGAGCAGGCUUUAGUAAGCCUCAGCCCUGAGCAGCCCUGGGAGGGUCUCCCCCUUGGGGUCCCCCAUGGCCACACAGCCAGGACAGACUUGUGGCUGGGAGCCCAGGCUGCCCCGUCUAAGGAGCCUGGAACCCGUCCCGCCUCUGCUGCUGCUCCAGAGAACCCCAGGGACCAACACCGGCCAGGCUCUGCUCCCAAAGGUGCUGCCAAGCCCCAGAGGCCCAUCCUCCCAGAAGCCCCGUGGCCCCUCCCCGCCCCCGCCCUCCUUCCCGCCCGCAUCCCUGGCAGCCCCUCUGCUGUUCCCCAGGGACCUCUCAUACACUGGCCCAGGAGGCUGCGGACAUGUCCCUGCCUCCCCCUCCAAGAGGUCCCCUUUCUCUGCCAAACCUGGGCAGGCAGGCGGGCAGAACGAGGACCCUGCUGGAGAUUAGAUGGUCCCUAUGUUGGAAGUAAAAAGUGAAGCACUUUAUUUUGGUUGUGUUUGAUCGCGUUCUGCUUGGAAGUGGGGACCCCCUCACUGCGUCCUCAUGUCUGCGACCUGUGUGGAGUGUCACCGCGUGUAUAUACUGUAAAUUAUUUAUUAAUGGCUAAAUGCAAGUAAAGUUUGGGUUUUCUUUGUUUUGUUAUUUUC